AUGUGGGUGAUAGGCUGCUCAUUAGCGCUGGUCGUUGGUGGAAUUGAUACUUAUUUUCAAUUCAGAUAUCCCACAAUUUUGGUUGGGUCUCUCAUUGUACAACUCUUGGCAUACCCGUUGGGCCAACUUUGGGAAAUGGUGGUUCCCGACUACAAUAUUCAGAUCCCAUUCACAAAAGCCCAUCUUCCAUUAAACCCAGGAAAAUUUACUUGCAAGGAGGCUGUUUGUGUGUUUAUGUUUGCAAAUGUGGCAGUGACUACCAAAACGGGAAACGACCUAUUAGUUCAACAAAAGCACUUUUUUGGCCUGAAUAUAGGACCCCAGUACCAAAUACUUUGGAUAUUGGGACUUUUCUUGUGGUCUAUGGGAAUGGCCGGUAUUUCAAGAAGUAUAUUAGUUGAAAAUCCUGCAAUGAUAUGGCCAGAAGCUUUCUCUAAUGCUGCUAUGUUGCAAUCGUUUUAUAUUAGCAAGUCUGAUAAAGGGCCUGUUAACGGAUGGACGAUAACCAGAUUUAACUUUUUCCUUGUUGUAUUUAUAGGGGCAUUUUGCUGGUAUUGGAUUCCUGGUCUUUUAUUUACUGGGCUGAGUGACAUUGGAGCAUGGAUAUCCUGGAUCAAACCCCAAGACAGAAUUUUAUCUCAGAUUUUUGGAGUCAAAUCAGGGCUCGGCUUAUUUCCUUUGACGCUCGACUGGUCUCAAGUCGGUAGUUUAGUAUCACCUCUUAUUGUUCCUUGGUGGUCGAUAUGGAAUGUCACUUUUUCUUUUAUUUUCUGGAUUCUUAUUGUCAUGCCUGCCCUGUAUUACACUAAUCAAUGGGGAACGGCCUUUUAUCCUAUAAUGAGCAAUGGCAUUUUCGACGACCAGGCCCAUUCUUAUAACGUGACGCGAGUUAUUUCAAAUCACUUGGAUUUUAAUCAAGAAGGCUACGAAAAAUAUUCUGAGAUUCGCCUGCCAAUAUCAUUCUUAAUGCAAUAUGCUCUUAAUUUUGCUACAAUUGCUGCCUUGUUGGUUGAAUUUUGUCUGGAUUAUCGCGCACAAUUUUUUGAUAGGAUGAAACGUAAACCAAUUGAGAAUCCUUCAUAUGACAUUCAUAACCAUCUCAUGUCCAAAUACCCUAAAGUACCACUGUAUUGGUAUGGUGGAAUCUUGCUUUCAGGAUUCAUCUUGGCCAUUACCAUGGUAGAGGUAUAUCCACUCCAAACGCCAUGGUAUGCAUUAGUGGUUUUCAUGUUGAUCGGUUUCAUUAUAUUCAUUCCAGUGGGUAUCUUGGAAUCUUUAUCAACAUUUACUGCUGGGUAUGAUGCGAUAAUUCAAAUUAUCAGUGGAUAUUGGCUAGAGGGUAAGCCCCUAGCAUUGAUACAGGCUAGCGCAUAUGGUGUCACGGCAGUUGAGAAAGGAUUACACUUUUCAGCGGAUAUGAAGCUUGCUCAUUACUUCAAAGUUCCUCCCAAGAUCACAUUUACAGUUCAAUUUGUGGGUGCUAUUAUCGGAACUUUAAGUAGCGUAGGAGUAAUAGAUUGGGUUUUGGGAAAUAUUAAGGAUGUAUGCACUCCAAGUGCGAAAGAUAACAUGGUCUGCCGUAACACAAAUACGCAAUUCCAUACCAAUGUGGUUUAUGGAUUGGUUGGCCCAAGAAGACUCUUCGGUACUAACGAUUAUUCAACCAUUUUAUGGUUCUUUUUAGUUGGUGCGCUAUUGCCAAUAAUAGUCUUUGUGAUCAAAAACCAAAAUUGGUGGAUAUCAAAAACAAAAUUCUUGAGUCAAUUCUCUUCACCUUUAUUUUUUUCUGGGGCUACGAGUAUUCCCUCCGUAACAGGUAUCAACUACACUACCUGGGGACUAGUUGGGUUCAUCUCUAAUUACUGGGUACAUAAGAAAUUCAUUAACUGGUGGCGAAAGUACAACUUUGUACUUUCAGCUGCCCUGGAUUGUGGUACAGAUCUUGCAGCAAUUGUAAUAUACUUCUGUGUAACGCUACCAGGAGCACGUGUUAACUGGUGGGGAAAUACAGUUCAAAACCGUGGAUGUGAUGCUGUAGGAUGUCCCUAUUUUGUCAAAAGUCCAUCAUAA